AUGCUGAGGACGGACGAGCCAGACCUCCUCAAACCGAUGGACGAGGAGGAAAGGGAACACCUGCAGAACAAACUGAACGAGCAGAGACUCAAGCUGGAGGAAAACAAAAAGUACCUGGAGCAGUUACGCAGCGAGAGUGAGAAUGGGUUUCUUACCUCCACAAAUAGAAGGCACAGCCAGGGGGGGGACUACCCCGACCCUGACAGCAUGUUGAAAAGCUUCCUCGAAUCGAUAGAGAAGGAGGAACUAAGCAUGGACGCAUUGCAGGAACAGGUGGACGCAGGUAAUGAUGAAACGCCCCACAUGGAAAACAACCAGAGUCACCUAAUCAGUAACAACAUGGCGAAGGAAAACUUCUACGCCAACGCCAACCCCCUGGAGGAAUACGCAGAACAGAACAAUUUUCUCUUCCUAAAAAAAAACUCAGCAAAAAAUUUUAACUUUAAAAUGGGGAAAGCGCAGACUGAGGAGAAGGUCAUACACAUCGAGAAAAAAAAUGUGACCCACUUUGACAAAUCCAUUCAGGUGAAUCUCCUCACGGAGGAAAGCACCUCACCGCUUCAUCACUUGCGCAGUGGAAAAAAGCGGAGGGAGAGGUUUGCUUCCCUCGUUUCGAAUGGCCAGCCCAAUGGGGGUGAGUUAAAAUCGGGGAAAUUUUCUACGGCCAAGUUGGGAAAGGACGCCGUUUUGAAGAAGGGUGUGGCACUGGGGAAGGACCCCAACCAAGCUGACCUCCUCCUACGAAGCAAAGGCUUUCUGUCCUUUUUAGAACGCAGCUCCAAAAUCGUGGAGAGGUCCCUGGGGGAACAAGACGUGCUCAACGCCACCUUCGACUUUGCAGCAAAGGACAUAACAGGAGACGCGGAAAGCGCCGAACGGAUGAAAUUUGUGAAUACCUAUUCGUGUAAGAAGUACACAAAUGGAAGGCCCAUAACAGAUGUGAGGACGUCCAACCUGUAUAGUGAACUGUUCUUAGCUUCCUACGGGUUGUCCACAACGAGCAACUACACCGACCCAGACGGUUACGUCCUAGUCUGGAACAGCACAAUGAAUGGUCGACCCGAGUACGUAUUCACCUCGGAGGCAGCUGUAUGUACCUCCGUCUUUAACAAGUUCAAUCCGCAUCUAAUCAUAGGAGGGACAUACACAGGGAACGUCCUCCUGUGGGAUAUACGAGCUAGCCAAAAACCAGUACAAAAAACGUAUCUAACUCCGCAAGGUCAUUUCCACCCCAUAUAUUGUGCAGAAGUCAUUGGAACGCUCAACGCACACAAUUUAGUAACGGCGGACACGGAUGGUAGGCUAUGCAACUGGUCACUAAACAUGCUGACUUAUCCAUCGGAUACGAUUGAUUUAAAAAGAACCAACAAGGAAGUCUCAUGCUGCUGCUUCUCUUUCCAGGAAGGGGAAAUAAAUACCCUCUACGGAGGAGCAGAUGACGGUACCCUAUUUCAAGCACAAAUACAUGGAACCAAGGUAGGCAUAACGGAAUUCUAUAACAUCCACCAUGGUCCGUUAACAGCUGCUCAGUUCCAUCCACUCAUUGAUGGGGUCCCGGAUGACCACAACGAUCUCAUACUAACGUGUUCUGUUGAUUGGUCCUGCAAACUGCUAUCUGUGAAGGAACCCCAGAACCCACUUUACACCUUUGACUGCUUCGAUGACUACCUUAUGGAUGUGAAGUGGAACCCCGUGCAUCCAGCCAUUUUCGCCACCUGCAGUAGUAAUGGAAACAUAAAAGUCUGGAACAUGUGUUUAGACCUGGACUGCUCCUACUUCGAUAUGACUGUUCAGGCGAAAUCGACAAAUAAAAUUGCCUGGUCGUCUGACGGAAGGAAGCUGAUUGCAGCCGACUCGGAUGGUGCAUUAACCCUUUGGAACGCCUCCAGCGAAGUUUACCAGCCCAGGUCCGAGGACAUCGCCAAGUAUAGCGCACGCAUUGAAAAGAUGCGCAGUGAGAGAAGCGGUGCACUAACCGGUGUAGAAGUGCACUAA